ACUCUUCACAGACUCUGCUCACUCAGGAAAAGGGUGUGCAUGUCCUCAGUCUGUGUCCACCAUGGUCCUGUUGCUGCAGGCGUCAGUAUUAAUCCUGCUGCUGGCGUCUCUGCCUGGAUCACAGUCUUCUCCAUCCCAGCAUCUGUGUGGUUCAAGCCUGGUGGAUGCGCUUUACCUAGUGUGUGGGCCUAGAGGUUUCUUCUACACAAACAGAGGCAGGAGAGACCUGGAGACCUUGCUGGCUUUGCUCUCAAAUUUAGCAGGUUAUGAGGCAGCAGAUGCGGAUCCGCUGAAAGAGAAGGUGAUGAAGAUGAAGAGGGGGAUUGUGGAGCAAUGCUGCCACAGGCCCUGCACCAUCUACCACCUGGAGGACUACUGCAGCUGAACAGCCAGCGCAAAGCAUGUUCAGCUUAGCAAUAAAUGACCAUUACACGCAAGAAAAGUCAUUGUUUGCUUGACAUUUCAAAUGGAAGCUUGUAGUAAAGAUCCACCGAAAGC